AUGGAGAAAUGGAACCAAACUUCAAAUGAUUUCAUUUUGUUGGGACUGUUACAUCCAAACCAAACUGGCCUACUUCUCUUGCUCCUGAUCAUCUUUGUGUUUGUCCUCGCCUGUUUGGGGAACUCAGGAAUGACUGCUCUCAUCCUCUUGGACCCCCGGCUCCACACUCCCAUGUACUUUCUCCUUAGCCAGCUCUCCCUCAUGGACCUGAUGUACAUCUCCACCACUGUCCCCAAGAUGGUGUCCAACUUCCUUUCUGGUCACAAGAACAUCUCCUUCCUGGGGUGUGGUGUACAAAUUUUCUUCUUUGUGACAUUGGCAUGUUCUGAAGGCUUACUCCUGGCCUCCAUGGCCUAUGACCGCUUUGUGGCCAUCUGUCACCCUCUCCACUAUCCCAUCCGCAUGAGUAAAAUCAUGUGUCUGAAGUUGAUCCUGGGAUCCUGGACACUGAGUUCCAUCAACUCCUUGGCACACACCAUCUACACUUUUCAAAUUCCUUACUGCAGAUCCAGGGCCAUCAAUCAUUUCUACUGUGACAUCCCAGCUAUGAUGCCUCUGGCCUGCAUGGACACCUGGGUCUAUGAGUACAUGGUGUUUGUGAGUGCCGUCCUCUUUCUCCUCAUUCCUUUCCUUGGCAUCACUGUGUCCUAUGGACGGGUCCUGCUUGCUGUCUACCACAUGCGCUCAAAAGAGGGAAGGAAAAAGGCCUAUACCACGUGCUCCACACAUUUAACUGUGGUGAUCUUUUACUAUGCUCCUUUUGUCUACACUUAUCUGCGGUCCAAGAAUCUCCGCUCACCUGAAGAAGACAAGAUUCUUGCAGUUUUUUACAGUGUCCUCACUCCCAUGCUCAAUCCCAUUGUUUACAGCCUGAGGAAUAAGGAGGUACUGGGUGCCAUGAGAAGAGUGUUUGGGAUGUUCUCCUCUAGGAAGAAAUGA